AUAACAAUAUAAAUACAAAAACAAAAUAAAUAAGCUACUAACAACAAGUUCAUAUAGAAGAUCGAUUAUUUAGCUGCCAAAAUCAAAACAUUAACAUCUGUUCAAUACACCAACCACUCGCAUCAUUACGACCGCAGCAGUAGCAGCAGCUACCAACAAAAAACAAAUAAUUUAUAAAAAUUUUACAUUUUCUUUAUUUAAUUUUGAUUAACGGGCAUGAUCGUUGCGUUCUGUGAACAUAGAAGAAGUAAAAAUUAACAAAUUAAUAAAACAAUUUAUACUAUAGCAGCAGAAAUAAUGCAUCGUCGUACAGUGAUUAUAUUUAAAUCGGAAUCGGAAAGUACCGAGGUAUACGCUGCAGAAUUGCAACAUCAUUUCUUCAAUCCCAUAUUCGUACCGACUCUUACGUUUGGCUUUAAAAAUUUGGACAAAUUGCGUGCUAAACUCCAGCAUCCCGAUGACUAUGAGGGUUUGAUUUUCACCAGUCCCCGCUGUGUGGAGGCCGUUGUAAAGGCGUUGGAUAAACAAGAAUUGCCGGGCGGUUGGAAAAUGUUGCAUAAUUAUGCCGUUGGUGAGGUCACUCACAAUUUUGCCUUAACCGAGCUGCAGCAAUUAUUUACUCACGGCAAAACUACCGGAAAUGCUCGCAAUUUGGCCGAAUUUAUAAUAGACAAUCAUGACGGCACCAAAGAUUUACCCUUUCUCUUGCCUUGCAGUAAUAUAGCUCAGGAUACCUUAAAUGUACGGCUACGUGAGGAUGGCUAUCGUGUGGAUGCCUGUGAGGUCUACGAAACAAAAUGUAAUCCCGAUUUAUUUGAAAAAAUGGAAAAAGCCUUGAUGGCGGAGAAUGUUGAAUUUUUAGCUUUCUUCUCUCCCUCUGGUGUGAAUUGUGCUCACGAGUAUUUUAAAGCUAAAGACAUAAACAUGGAUAAAUAUCGUCUAGUGGCCAUAGGUCCCAGUACCAGACGUGCUUUAGAGAACAAGGGUUUAAAAGUCUAUUGCACAGCUGAGCGUCCCACUGUCGAGCAUCUUAUUAAGGUGUUAAUAAAUCCCGAAGAAUGUAGGGAGAAUUUGGUACGUGAUUCUACUGCUUCAUUGCAAGACUAGAGGAGGCGGCGAACGAGGAAGUAAUGGCCUAACAAGGCCAUAAGUUGUGAUGUAUUGUUAGAUUUUUUUUAACUUAUACUGAAAUUGUAUAUUAAAUUUGAGUUGGAGAUGUUUUAAUUAAUUUGGUACAAAUUAUUACUGUAAAUUUUGUAACGCAAAAAAAAGACAAAAUUUUUAUUAUUUUAAGAAAAUAAAUUGUU